UCUUCCCUGGAGACUUGCAGAAAUUCUGGUGACCUGGUGAGAGCUCGGGUCCGCGGUGGCGCACAAUGGAUGAAAAGUCCAGGGCUAAAAUAUAGCACUGGGUGCUGGACACAGAGGGCCAAGCUGUGGUUCUGUCAUUGACUCAAUGUAAGACCUUUUGCCAGCCCAACAUCUCCCCUUGUCUAAUGUGCAAAAUGGGGGCACCUUCCCCUUCCUCUCUGAUGGGGGUCAGUGAGCUCAUGUGAAGCAUUUGGAAAUGCUAGAAGAUGCAGUUCUGCUGAAAUAUAGUCUUGUUGAUUAUCGUGACUGUGUUACGAAAGUCUCUAAGAAAUCCUAUGUAUGCAGUGAGACCUUCUGGGCACAGGUGUUUUGUGAGACAUGACCCUUUUACUCUCCUCCUUGUUUGUCUUUUCAGUCAGCAAGGAUGACACUGAUGUCUGUUUCUUCUGGUUCCCGUGGAGACCACAGCUCAUAGAUAGAGGGAGGGUUGUUCCUUAGCAACCGUCUCAGCUCUUCCUCAGCCUUCAUCCCACCUCCAUAGCUGGACUUGAGCAGGACCUGCCUGCUUGUACAAUUCACUGUGGCACCACAUCAGGGAUCAUGGACCAGGUGAGAGAGGGUGUGCUAGAGGUUCAAACUUCCCCUACACCUGAUGUGGCAGAAAGUGACUCUGUGCUGGCCAACAGCAGUUCAGUGGAACCUAAGGAAGGGAAAAAGGAGCGUCUUCCAGAAGGCUUUUGUCCCAGCAGACAGAGAACUUCCCAAAGGAGCUCUAGCAGAGCCUCCUGGAAGAUCCGCAAGGGCCCAGUGGCUCAGGGAACAGCAAAGGAUUCCACAUCUAUUAAACACCAGGCAUCUCCUUCUGCAAAGUGUGUUCAGCUUAAAAAACAGAGCAAACAGAGUCUCCAGGCCAAAACUCCUCCCAUGCAGAGUCUUGAUUUAAGAAGACUUGAAGAGGAAAUAGAAGAUACUUCUGCCACCAAAGAGCCAAUAGUGGGGCAUGAGCCAAGGCAGAGGAACAGCACUUACUGCCUGUCUGCAAUAUCCAGGCAGAGGGAAGCAGAAGACAUGAAACCUGUCUCAAAUGCCGAAGAACCAGUAGCAGACCUGCACCAAACACUGAGGUCUAGAGGGCCUGGAUCUUCCCGGAAGACCAUCAAAGCUAGCUAUGAAAAAGCCAAGAAGACCGACAGCAGAUUAAGUGCCAAAGAGUCCUUAGCAUCAUUAGGCCCAGAUAUGAAAGCAGAAUGGAAGCUUCUUCUGGAGAAGAGAAACAGCUUGAUCCAUACUAACAGCAAAUACAAAUUUGCCAGUGCAGAUGAACUUACCAGUGAUGAAGAGGAACGGCAAGCUCUGCGCAAGGCAGCAUUAAUCAUGGGACAGAAAAGACUCAGCGAGCGUACUGUAAUGCUAAAAAACUCCUUGAACUCUACAUCUUUUGAUGAUUACAACCAGCUGGGUUUUAACCUGAGAUCAAAUGUCUUCCAAGGUGGCCCACUGGAGAGCCGAAGCUUGAUGAAAGAUUCCUACACCCCUGAUAUAAUUCGGAAGGCAAUCAGGGAUCCCAAGAAUUGGCACGGGAGGAGGACUGAUGAGCUAGGGAAAUGGCAUCAGAAAAAUGCCCUAAAUCUCAACCUGCAGAAAACAUUGGAGGACAAAUAUGGGAAGAAAAAAGGCAAGCCUUAGAAGAUGAAGGUUGAGGAUUGGAGUGCAUUCAAUGUUUCCAGGCACAUGUCCAAGUCUUUCAAAUUAAGGAGACCGGCCAAAUGGCAGCUUGUAGAAACCUCCCUGUGGGUUUUCCUUGUGCAUCAGAACCAAGUGGCUCCUGCCUGAGCACACGCCACUCGAGCUUCAGCUGAACAGCGCAGCUCUGUAGGAACACUCUGUUCUCUGUGUUGCAUCCAGCGCUGAUGACCAACAUGACUCCAGGUACAUAAUAAAUGCUGUCUUCAGAGACCGCAGCAGGUCCUAAUCCAGAAAACAUGUUGCUGAACAGAAAUCUACUGAUGUUGUUUGGCAUACUGGAAGCAGGCAGUUCAGGGCACGGUUAGCUAAUACACAAAACAUAACGUGGGCUGAAUCAGCACAUAGAUUUACAGAUCUAUUUCUAAUAGACACUAGACAUUCUAAUAGACAUUAGAAAUAGAUAUUAGGGCAGGCAGAAAGGCUCGUGAAGAGACUAGAUCAGAGGGGGAACGGACUACACUCUGCCACAAACUGUGUUGUUUGCCUCCUGCAGUGGAGUAAAGUCACUUUGUACACUUUUUACAAAUUAAAAUAUUUCUAUAAGUACUUAAAUAGUACAAAAUAGUUGGCAUUGUAUAAUGCAUUCAAAUAGGUGAGAGCUGUUUGAUGCCAGAUGAACAUACAAGCGGCAAUCCUUCUUCAUCUUCUUUGCUUUGCCAAACGUUACAGCUUGUCUGAGAGGUGACACACCGAAAGCUGCAGCGAUAACUGAGAUGAUAGCUUUCAGUGAGACAGCGCAGCUACUGGGAGCAAUCAAUACUUGAAGUCUCUGAGGGCUGAACAGACUAAUUUAGCCAGAACCUUGGCAAGGAGCAUUACCCUGUGUGGCACUCUGUUGACUAGAGUGCUUUGGGUACCCAAACAUGCGUAUUUAAAGCCGGCUUUGGAAUCUCCAAGUAGCAUGUCACAUGCGGUUAGACAAGAACAAGGCUGAAGUAAGUGCUCACUGCGGCUGAAAUCUCCCUUCUACCCAUUCCUCUGCUUUCAGCAGUUCAUUCCUUUUUGCUUGUUUUGUGCUGGUGCUGGCACUUCCCUGCCCACACUCUGAACUGAUUCAACUUGAUAAUCCAGCAGAAAAUCAAUACAGAAGAAAAAAGCAGUUAACAGGUUAACAAAUGAAAUUUUCUAAGCAAAGGACCUUGUUGCAGGCAAGGCAGUGGGUGAUGGGGUAUGCAGAUGUUGGGGAAGAGGAGUGGAGGGGGAAAUGGCCUUUCACUGCCUUUUUUAUGCAUUGAAAAAUUAGUUGGCCUCUGUUAUACUGUCUCACUGAACUCAGCACCCCGCAACAUAGGUAGCCUGUAUUUAAGUGAUUUUACAAGGUCUGAUCAUUGGGUGGCAGCUCUGAGCCAAUGUUUUUAUCUGACAGGGCAGAACUUGGAAAAAAAAAAUGGGUUCUUCUCUGGUUUAGCUAAACCAUUCACCAAAAUAGCUAAGGACUGUUUCAGUCAUCUAUUAACAGUCAAUGCACUUGAAAUAUAGAUACUCAUACUAUAGCAAUUUGAAAUAGAAGAGACAAAUUGCAUCCAAGCUUCUGCAGCACUCUCCUCGUACCUUCUAGUUUUUCCUGCAGUAAUGGGUGUUUUGCAGUUUAGGUUUAUGCAUCCCUGCAGUUGAGGCACAGAUCAUUUUGCAGGAUAUCAGUUUUAAUAAAGAUUUCCUGUUCUCCAGCCAAUCUUUUUUUUUUUUUCUUUUCAUUUAACCCUUUGACUUCUGCCUAUCUAUCUCAUGCUAUCCUGAAGGAUUUCAACCUUUAGUAUCUCCACUGCAAAUGAUUUUGAAUGGUUCAUUAAAGAAAUGGUAACAACUGUAAGAACAGGAGAGAGUCACUGCAAGAACUCUGAUAAGAGUCUUCAGCCUGCUAUUAAAUUCAAUCCUUUAUGCUGUAAAGCUUGUACUGAAAUAAAACUUAAAUUCAGAGCUACAUCUAUCCUGAGGUAAGCCCAGUAUUCCUAAAAGAAUGAGUUCUUACU